UCUGAAUUUACACAAGGAUUCGAUUAGGGGCGAAAGCAGAGAAAUGAAAGGAAGUUAUGACAUUCCUGUGUCCACCAAUGUGCAGAGAAGAUACAAUCGUUGGAAAUUUUUUAUUCCGCUCAUAUACGACUGGCUCCUCAAUCACAAUCUUUAUUGGCCCUCUCUCUCUUGCCGGUGGGGCCCUCAAUUGGAUGAAACUAGUAAUACAAAGAAACAGCGGCUGUACCUCACUGAACAGACUGAUGACGCGAGUGCUCCAAAUACUCUAAUCAUAGCAGACUCUGAGAUUGUUAAGCCUAGGGUUGCAACGGAAGACAUCAGAAAGUUUAAUGAAGAUGAACGCUCCCCCAAUAUCAAGAAGAACAAAGCCAUUAUUCACCCCGGCGAGGUUAACAUAAUCAGGGAAAUGCCACAGAAUAAUAAUCUGUUGGCAACACACUCAGACAGGCCUGAGGAAAGUUUGUCUAAUUUAGUGCUAAUUUGGGACAUUGACGCACAACCAGCUCGCCAUGCUAUCCCUGGAGCUGAACAUUCAAUACCAAAUCUGAAACUGAUUGGUCACACCGAUGAUGCUCAAUUUGCUUUGGAGAUUUCUGCUAUUGAACCCUAUGUUCUUUCUGGAGGGAAGGACAUGAAUGUUGUUUUAUGGAAUGUCAAUGACCAUAUCACAUACUUAGCAGCAGCAUCUAACCUUGGACCUAGGACCCAUCAUGUCCCAUCUGUCUUCCCACGUGGCACCUACCGAGGCCACACAAAUACUGUGGAAGAUGUGGAAUUUUGCCCCACAAGUGCACAAGAGUUUUGCAGUGUAGGGGACGAUUCUACUCUAAUACUAUGGGAUGCGCGAGUUGGUCCGGAUCCUGUUAUCAAGGUGGAGGAAGCUCAUCAUGAGGAUGAUAUCCAUUGCGUCGAAUGGAAUAACUUCGACGUUAAUUAUAUUCUGACUGGUUCUGCUGAUAGGUCAGUUCAUAUGUAUGAUCGUCGAAACCUUAACAAUGGCCGUGGACAGAAUCCUGUUUAUACAUUCCAGGGCCAUGAUGCCGCGGUCCUUUGUGUUCAGUGGUGUCCCGAGAAACCAUCCGUCUUUGGCACUUCUGGCGAUGAUGGCAUCGUCAACAUAUGGGACCAUGAAAAGGUUGGGAGAGCUUCAUCAUCUUCUGCUGGUUUGAGAGAAGAAAGGACUCCUCCUGGUUUAUUCUUUCGACAUGUUGGACAUAGGCAAAAGGUUGUUGAAUUCCAGUGGAAUCCAUCAGAUCCAUGGACCAUUGUUAGCCUGUCCAAUGACUGCAGAGGACGUGGAGGAGGGACGUUGCAGAUGUGGAGAAUGUUGGAUAUAAUACAUGAAGAGGAUGGGAAUGAAGAGAGAAAGAUGGCAGAGCUGAAUAGGUUGAGACCAUGGAGUCGAGGACUAACAACAUCGUUCAUUAGAGAUUUAAGCUUUUCCUUCUACUAG